AUGAAGAAUGAAGAUAAUCAGACACGACCUGACAUAUCAUUUGCUGUGAAUGUAUUAAGCAGAUAUGUAAACAAUCCUAGUCAGCAACAUGUAAAUGCUGUCAAACGUAUAGUUAGAUACUUAAUUAAUACUAAAGAUUUGUGUAUAAGGUAUGGAGAAAGUGAUGGCUUAAUAGGUUACUCUGAUUCUGAUUAUGCAAGUGAUGUCGAUACACGUAAGUCAACAACAAGCUAUAUUUUUAUGAUGAACGGUGGACCAAUUACUUGGUCCAGCCAAAAACAAAAAACCAUUGCUCUCUCCAUUACUGAGGCAGAAUUUGUAGCUGCAUGUGAAGCAGCAAAAGAAAUGAUAUGGCUGCGGCAAUUAAUGAUUUACGCAUGCCUGAUCCGUGUGAUAUCGCCGCAGCCUCCACCGCAUAUACCGAAAUGCCUCACGGGCUACAUGACGGAUGUGCAAUCUUGGACCGACUACGACGGAAGACUUAUAGUGUAUCCAGACGACAACAACUCGAUCGAUGUUUCUUACCACUUAGAUUGCGUUGGACAACUACAGCGGCAGCUGCGACAGUUUCCUUGCUCAGGGAAUAAUUCGGUGCAAUAUCUUAGUAUGGCAAAUUGCCAGUUUCAUAUUAUUCCUUCGGUUUUCCAUUACAAAGAUUCUUGUGGUAAUACUUUAUCAGGGACCGUUGAAUAUUUGACACUGACUGGAAACAACUUCUCAAUAGAAUAUACUUUUCACCCUUAUGAUGUACAAAUGAACGCGACAAAUGCUAAAAGUGCUUUCGAAGAUACUUCAUUUGAGCGAAAUAUUGCAAAUUGUUGGUCAAAUGGUUUACGCGGGGUCACCUUUCCACGUCUGCGUGAGUUAGAUUUGCGCCUGUGUAGAAUCAGAAAAUUAGAAGACAGUAUGUUUAGCGGCAUGCCAUAUCUUGAGAAACUAUACCUGGGGGAAAACAACAUAUUUUUGAUAAGCGCAGGAACUUUUUCAGGCUUGAAAAGACUUAUACAUUUGGACUUCAGCAGAAACUAUGAGUUCGAUGAGUACGGAACGUAUCAAGGCUUGUACUUCGACGAGUGCAACGUUUUCCAAGAAUUAGUUAAUAUUGAAUCAAUAGAUUUCUCUUUUACUAAAAUGGCUCAACGUAAUAUUGAUGGAUUCCGACAUGUGAGUGCAAAACUGCAGAGACUGUCGAUUUGCCAUGCAGGUUUGUCAAAUUUGAUUCCGGGGCUUUUAGCUGGCACUUCUUUGAAGUUUCUAGAUGUAUCGGGAAAUAUAAAUAUAUUCGCAGAUGAUGACGCGUUGCGCGGAUUAGAACACAGCCUACAAGUAGUCUACGCUAACGACAUCGCAUUAAAGAAAUUAGAUGUUUUCGAAAACAUGAAGUCAUUAGAAAUAUUAAGAGCGCGAAAUAAUGAAAUAACUACAAUAGGCAGAAAGAUAGCCAGGAGCCUUGUAAACCUACAAGUAAUUGAUUUAGAUAUGAAUAGACUGAUAGCUUGGUCCAGACCGACAGUGUCCUUGAUGCCGAGCCUCAAAUUCUUGUCUGUAAGAAGCAAUAACAUCAACGUAAUUUCCGAGCAGAUGGCUAGAGAUUUUGAGAAUGUAUCCUACAUUGGAUUAACAGGCAAUUAUAUUGUGUGCAAUUGUAACGCUAGAGAAAUAUUUGAAUUAGCUUUGAGAAAUGAAAUGGACAGGAAAGAUGAAUUAAUUGAAGAAAAACGUAAAAACCAAUACGCAAAUGUUUCUUUGUUAUACCAUAGUGGAUAUGAAGACGUAAAUUAUGCUAUAGCAAACAGAAAAUAUGUCAGACCAAAUUGUAUCGGAAAUAAUUGUUAUAAUGGUACUCCGUUAGAAAUAUCAGGAAAGUUUCUUUUGUUUGAUUAUGAUAAAGCCACUUACAAUUGUUUGACGAUAACAGAUGGAAAAACUAAAUCAUUUGCUAGAGUACCAUCUUGCAAAGAGACAAAGGAUAUGGAAGUCGGUGCAGCUAUCCAAAAUUAUUGGAACAAGUAUUUACUGAUAAUACCGUUGUUAUUAAUGCCGUUCUUAAUCAUUGGAUUCGUUUUUAAAAGAAAUUUAAGAUAUUUCUUCAUAACUAUAAGGAAUUCGGCGAUGUUAAGUUUGAUAAAUAAGAAUGAACAUAUUGAUGAAAAUACAAUCUUUAAUUACGAUGUAUUUGUUUCCUACUCCAACGAAGACCGAGCUUGGGUGCUCGACUAUUUGUUGCCACACUUGGAAACUGACUGCAACGUGAGCGUGUGUUUACACGAAAGAGAUUUUUUGGUAGGUUUGUCAAUUCUGGAGAAUAUUGUGGCGUGCAUGGACCGCUCGAGAGCCAUCAUGCUCAUCAUCUCGCAGAGAUUUUUGGUGAGCCAGUGGUGUCAGUUUGAAAUGCAUCUCGCGCAGCAUAGGCUUCUGGAGACCAGACGUGAGGAUCUCAUCCUCGUCCUUUUAGAAGAUAUUCCCCGUCGUCUACGCCCUAAUACUCUUCAUUAUUUGAUGGUCACAAACACGUAUAUUGUCUGGCCAAAAGAAGACGCCGAACAAGUGUUGUUUUGGAGAAGAUUGAAGAAGAGUUUGGUUACGCAGAAGAUGAAACAGCCGGAAAAUGUAUCACUGGCGUGA